GUACCUCACAGAACGGUUCACAGGCCGUCCCAUGGCUCCGUGAACUGAGACUGCAGUACUCUCUUAUGCUUCCAUUUACCUUCCCAAGAGAUCAUGCCCGUUCUUCCCUUAAUAUUGCCGACAAAGGUCUUACUGGAUCGAAGCGUGUCGACAGCCAAUAUCAGCAGCGAGGCUCUGAAAGUUGUGUGUGCAUGGCCAGUGUCAGGCCAAUAUGGCCCCGGCACAAGAUUCCUGUAUUAUGCUCUCAUCGGCGCAUGCAUUCUAGGUCGGGAAGUUGAAUGGCUCAGAGCGGCCUGCUUAGCAGCUGCUUUGCUGUUCCCCGCUGUGGCCGCGCUUCAUGGAAUAGUCCUUGCGGCUGUUCACGUCGAUGGUGCUGUUGACAUGGACUUAUAUGGGGCCUUUCAAGUUUGCUCCAUUGGUAUCCUCCUCGCACCAGUAACUGUCAUGCUAUCGCGAAAUUAUUUUUCUCAAGCAGGUAGCAGCAUCAUCAUCUUGUGGACAGCGGUGUUACUUGCCGGCCUGGUGAGCUUAACUGUGGAAUUCUUCCGUGCCAAAACCUCCCGGUGCACCCAGGAUGUCAACGGCCAACCUAUGCCCACCAGUCCAGGCGAUUUUCCCUACGGGGCUACUUGUGGCCUUGUGUGUGAUGUCACGUCAGGUCCCUUCUCUCCCAUGCGAAUGGGCUCUACAAACAAUAUCUACGUUAUACCAGCUCCAGAUAAGCUUACAUUCAACGCCGGCACACUCCUUUCCGCAGCCUGCUGCAUUCCGGCCAUUCUGCUUCUCAUCUCUAAUUGGGACAAGAUCCGUAAGCUCAACUUGAAUCAGAAGCGUCUUGGGAAAAGACUGGACAAGGAUGCUCAGGCUCGUGAGAUGGCCGAGCUUGAAGAGACGAACGAUCACGAGACAGGGCCUGCCUCCGCGGCUGGAGAGACAAGCGAUCAAGGAAGCCGAAACGGCGAAGACGUGGAAGAGACGGAUAAAUGCACCUGCAACAACAAUGAGGCUGAGGACAGUGGCAACAGGCGGAUUCGCAAUAUUGUGACUACGCCAAUCUUCGGUGCGGCAAUCCUAUCCGUCCUCGCAAUUGGGGAGUGGAACUUCUUCAGCCCUCAGGUGCAAUAUCAGACGGAGCCUAUGGCAAGUAUAGGUCAAUGGGCCCCAAUUGUUGGUACAGGGUUUGCCCUGCUUGGCUCGCUAUAUGUGGGCCUCGCGAAGGAUAUUGUCCAUGAGAAGAGGGAGGUUGAACAGGAGAAGAGGGAUGCUGAAGCGGAAGAGGAGAGGAGAAAGCGGCAGCAGCUGGAGCCAAAGACAGUUGCAUCUACAGAACACGAUGAUGGUGGGGUGCCGGCAGAACCUGUCCCGUCGAGACCUACUUCCACCCAGAAUGUUGCAUGUAGCACAUGUGGACAUAUCUUGUCAAAUGCCACCAAACACCGAUCGAGAAGCCAAAGAAUCUUGGCCGUUCUGGCGGAUUGGCGACGGCAAGGUAGCCGGAAAAUGAUCAAGGUCGCAGACUUUAUCGGCACCGCUGCGGAUGACACCUUCGCCAAUGAGGCAUUCAAACGCGCAAAAUCGAGGUGGAUUCACUAUCCUGGAGAAUUCAAGAUAAACCCUGCUGCGCGCGACAUAGCGGCGGAAUUUCGACGCUCCAGAGACUUCUCUAGCGCCUCGAAUCCAUCACCGUCAAGGACCGGCAGCAUUGUGCCACAAUCACGGAAUUCUAGCCCGGCCUUCAAUAGCACUUCCCCAACCUUACCACGAUCAGACACACUACAGCUACCUUUACCUCCCUCACCAAUACAUUUUGCUCCCACCAAAGACAGCUCACCCCCAGUAUCGCCAACGGAGGUCAUCGUACACGGUGGGCAAGAUAAUCCUGCACUCGUUCUCAAUGAUAACGGGCAAUUAUCUCGUUCGGAAACUCAUCCAACACCACCAACGGUUUCGCAUGCCCGCUCCUCACAACGUCAAGAAUGCCGGUCUCCCUUCGGCACUUACAGUCACCGAAGGACCCGAAUGACAAGGCUUACAAAUCAGGUCUGAUGGUGGAGACAAUCACGGGCGAGUCUGGACAUUCAUACAGAGAUUUGUAGGGUCACAAGGAUUUCAGAUCUGGAGGGUGGUCUUUCUAGGUGU